UACACAGUAGUCUCCAUUUUGUGGUUGUUCGUACGUUAGGCGUCUGAACAUAAUUAUAAUUGAUGUAAUUUAUAACAAUUUUUUAAUUUUACCUUACACAUUUUUUGACUUUGUAGUUGUUAGAUUUGAGAAAGAAUUAUAAUGGCAGACAAUCUUUUUCAAAAAAAGAAUUCACCUAAUGAAAAACCCAUUGAAGUAUUCGUCAGAGUGAGGUAAAUUGUAUAUAACACAUUAAUAAUAAUACAAUAUUAUAAUAUUUUGUUAAAUCUUACUUAAUAGUGUUUCUCCUAAACAUUAUAUUUACUUACUAUAUAAGUACUACCUACAUAAUUUCGUUUGUUGAAAUUUGAUGAAAUACCUAAGUAUUGUUCAAUGUGUGUGUUUCCUUGUACAUAUAAAUACCUAUGAGACCUGGGUUUCAUGUAAUUAUUUAAAUUAAUUCACAUGGAUAGUUUAAAAUUACCUAGUGUUGUCCAGUUAAUUACUUAACAAUAAUUAUAAUAAUAAAGAUAAUGAUUCUUAAUAAUUAUAAUUAAGAGUUUAAGUUAAAAAAAAUAAUGAAUUGUAUUAGUAUUUGACAUUAAUAUUGUAUCAAUGUUUUCCUAAACCUAACUUUGGUUUGGUAAAAAUCACCUGUAUUUCCAGACAAUUAUUAAUUUGUCUUUAAAAAAUUAUUGGAGUAAAUAAAAUAACCAUAUUCUCAAUGAUAAUUAUAUUAAGUGAAUAGAUUUAAAAAGGCACUAUUUUUGUUCAGUAUAUUUAUGAUAGAUAAAAGAAUAAUCUUAAUUUACAUAUUAUGUUUAAAGGCCUAUGAGUGAUGCAGAUAAAAGUAAAGGUUUACCAGUUGUAGAUGUUUCAACAAACCAUAAAGAAAUAAGUGUAACAGAAAAAACAGUUUUAGCUGAUCGUCGGACCAAAACAUUCCAUUUUGAUAAAGUUUUUGGACAAAAUUCAAAACAAGUACUUAUCAAUAUUUUAUUUUAUUUUUUUAUUAUUUAUUUGCUUACUUAAAUUUUGAUUUUGUUUAGGUUGAUGUUUAUAAUAGUGUUGUUUAUCCACUUAUUAAAGAAGUAUUAGAUGGCUACAAUUGUACUGUCUUUGCAUAUGGACAAACUGGUACAGGUAAAACGUUUACCAUGGAAGGUGAAAGGUUAAAUGGCCAAUCAUCAAUAUCUUGGAAUGAGGUAAUUGUCUUUAAAUAACAGUAACUUUAAAAAUAUUAGUUGAAUACAAUUCCUUUAUAUAUUUUAUGGAAUUAGCCUAAUUAUUUAUAAACAAUUUUAAUUAUUUAAUGAUGAUUCAAUGUAAGUUGAUGUACCUAUAAGUUGAUUUUGUUUUGUUUUAAGCAUACCCCUAAAGACAUUAAUUUAAUACAGUGUACUCAUUUGUUCAAGGUUUUAAACAUAUUAUAAGACUUGAAUAGUUGUUGUAUAGUUAAAACUCAUAGUAGUAAAAUCAGUUUUUAAAAUAUUAAUAUUAUUUAAAAUUUGGCUGUUGAUUAGGUACUGAUAAGUGAAAUAACGUGUGUAAAUACAGAUUACUGUUGUAUUUUUUAGUGAACUAAUUUAAUUAAAUAACUUGUUAUGUAUCAAUUUGUAUUUAGUAAAACUUUGAUUAUCCGUGUUCCUAAUUAACUGCUCAAUCUUCCGAAAAUAUUUGUAUGUACCAAAAGUAAACUUAUAGGCACAGUAGUAGUACAUUUUAUAUUAAGAAUGAUAAAUAAUGAUAAUUAAUUAUGGGUCUGACAAGUAGGAAAAAUUUAAAGAAAAUCAUUUCAAACCACAAAAAACAAAUACUGAUUACUUAAUAUUUUCAAGCACUAAUAAAUUUAUAACAUGAAAAUGUACAAAUUUAUGCAUAAGAUUUAAUAUUGUUUAUUAUUGUAAUUCGUUAAAUAAUAAGUCUUGAUUAACUAUGGUUUACAUUUACCUGUGUGACCCUUAUUCACCAUUACCCUGGAUAAUGAACGUUCUAUUGUAUAUUAAUUUAUUUGAAUUGUCUAUUUAAUAUUUCUGUAUAGGUAUAUCAAUUUACUUUACAUUUUAGAAAUACAUAUGUAUAUUAAAUACUAUUAACUAUUUGUUUAAUUAUAUUAUUCCAAUAACAUAAGGAUCCAGUUUCGGGGAUUAUUCCGCGUGCCUUGAGUCAUAUGUUUGAUGAACUUAGAAUUUAUGCCGUUGAACAUACAGUUAGAGCAUCAUUUUUGGAACUUUAUAAUGAAGAAAUUUUUGAUCUUCUUUCAUGUUCAGAAGAUCCAUCACAUAAAUCUCUAAGGUUAAAAAAAUCCCCCUAAUAAAUUUUAUUAUUUUUUGAAAACUGAAAAAAACUAUAUUCAUUUAAUUUUAAUACAGAAUUUUUGAAGAGAAAAAAGGAUCUGUUAUUGUACGUGGAUUAGAGGAAGUUAUUGUUAGCAAUAAAGAUGAAGUUUAUAAACUACUCGAAAAAGGAUCAAAAAGACGACAGACAGCUUCUACAUUAAUGAAUGCUCAGUCCAGGUAAUAAUAUACAUUAUUAUCUUAAUAAGCGUGGAAUGUAUUAGUUUUAAUAUGAUAUAUAUAUAUUAUAUAUUUUAAUGUGCAUAAACAACUUUACCAAAAGCAAAUUUUAUCUAAUUUGUACAUUGUGGAGGUUAUUGAUUUUUCUUGUACUUUUUUAAUAAUUAGGGUAAUUUACUCAACAUUGUCUGUUAUUCUCAAUUUUUUUUUAGUGUAUUCUGUUAAAAAUAUUUAUAUUAGCUCAGAAUAUUUUGAAAAUUUUAUUCAGAUAUUUUAAAUUUUUAUUCGGUUUUAUGUGGAUGCAAUUAUUUUGGCCUAGUUAAUUUUAUUAUAAUGUUUAUGUUAUAUAUAGUGGUAAAACAAAAAAAAAAAAAAAUAACUACUUUAUGAAUAUUUACAAUCUUAAAAAUCAUGGAAUUCUUUAUGUUCUAUUUUCUGAUUUAUGUGAAUAAAAUUUGUUUAUUGCAGCUAGUACUUAGUGGUGUAAAAAAAAAUAGUUUUGAAUAACGUACUAAUUUUUUUUUAUAAGGUUUUAAAGUACAAAUUGUUUUAUGAAAUUGUAAGAAUUUCAGCAUUUUUAAUAUGUUUGUCACUACUUUGUUUAGAAUUAUUGAGUGUUUUUAUAAUAUUAUUUAAUGAGACAUCAACAUAAAUUAUUAUAUCUCAACAAUUUGGCUUACAAAUUAAGUAUAAAACUGAUUACCUAUUUAAUUAUUAUUUCAUUAUUGGAGGAAAAGGCAUUGGAACAAGACAAAUUUAGUUAAUUAGAAAAAAAAAAACAAUUUUUCAUUUUUCGUUAGUAAUGAUUUAUUGUUGUUUAUUGACUUAAAUUUAAUUACCGGAUACAAAAUGAUCAACAUGAAAUAGACAACCUAUUUAUUUAUUUUUUAUGACAUUUAAGAAACAAGCUACUCUAAAUGUUACAUAACAGUUAUUUAAAGGGGUAAACCAUGAGUAAAAGUAGGUGUACAACCAUCAUAAGAAUAUAAAAAAGUACACAUCAUUAAAAGUCUGAUGUACAAAAAAUUGACUCAUGGUUCAUCAUUAUCUAAAGGUAAGUCAUGAAACAACUACCCACAUUUUUAAAUAUCAAAAUUUAUUAAAAAUUCCACAAAUAGAUGAUGUUUUAAUCUAAUAAAAUGUAUGCAAAUUUGUAUGUUAACAUGAAGUAAAUAUUCUACUUUUAAAUUUGAAUAGGAAAAAAGUAGUGCAACAUAAAUUGUGUAGUGGUGCAAUUAUGCCCAUUUAAAUAGUAUUCUAUUAUUUUAUGCCUACCCACAAAGAGGCAAACUUAAAAUUGGAAUAUCUCAUCAACAUGUCGUUGGAAAUUAAAAACACCAAAAUAUAUGUUAACUUUAACUUCAUUUUUUAAAUUUUUUAUAUAGGUUACAAUUUGAAAAUCAAAAAAUAAUUAGUUAAAGAGCUGCUUGUUUCUUUUUUAAUGUUCUAAAACAACUAAUUUUGAAAAAUGUUUGUUAAAAGAAAUAACAGUUUUUUAUUUUUAGAUUCAUAGUAUUUUAUUUUCUGUUUGUGAACAACUUUUCUACCAGAAAUCUUUGUCCGAAGUAUUGUUCUGAUCAAAAAAUAACAAGAGAUCAAUUUUGUCCCUUUUCUAUACACAGUCACUGACUACGAAAGUCAUUUGAUAACUAAAGUAGUUUUUAUUAUGUAAAUGAGAAAAACCUCAAAAAGAUGAAAAUACAAUUUUUUUUUUUUAAAUUAUGGCUGAACGAUUCCAUUAUUUAAAAUGUAUUUUUAUUUAGUAGGUAUCUGUUAUUAUAAUUAUUAGACUCAAGAGAAAAACUUAGAAAUUUAAUUUUAAUGCAUAAUUUUUUUUUCGUAAUUGCUUUAAGAUCAAAUUUUGAUGAAAAUUUUAAAAAUUAUGAUAUUUCAAAAUAUGUCUUAUGAAACCUCUCACCAAAUCCCUUUUCAUUAGCAAUAAUUUAUCGUUGUGUAUAGAUAAAAAUUAAAUAAUAUUUAUAUAAGUUUUCAUAAUUGCUUUUUAAAUCAGAAUUUUUAUUUUCGUAGCCGUUCUCACACUAUAUUCACUAUAACUGUCCACAUUAAAGAGUCUACAAUUGAAAAUGAAGAUAUUGUUAGGGUGGGAAAGUUAAAUCUUGUAGAUUUAGCAGGAAGUGAAAACAUUGGACGAUCGGGUGCAAUUGAUAGACGUGCUUGUGAAGCUGGAAAUAUCAACAAGUCUUUAUUAACAUUAGGUCGUUGUAUCACAUCACUUGUGGAACAAACUCCCCAUGUUCCAUACAGGUAAAUAAAUUUAAAUAGAUAAUUUGAUAAUGGAUUAAUAUUUUAAUUUUAUAUUAUUAUAUUUCUAUAUUGCUAUAGAGAGUCGAAACUUACUCGUUUAUUGCAAGAUUCAUUAGGUGGUAAAACAAAAACAUCUAUAAUUGCUACUAUAUCUCCAUCACAUUGUAAUUUGGAAGAAACCAUGAGCACUUUAGAUUAUGCUUCCAGAGCUAAAAGUAUAAAAAAUAAGCCUGAGGUUAAUCAAAAAUUCACAAAAAAAGCAUUAAUUAAGGUAAAUUCUUUGUUGAUUAGUUAUUUUUUAAUGCUAUGUUUUUAAUAUUAAUCAAUAUUUUUAGGAAUAUACUGAUGAAAUUGAAAAACUUAAGCGAGAUUUGGUGGCUACAAGGGAUAAAAAUGGAGUUUAUGUAGCUGAAGAAAAUUAUAAUGAUAUGAUAUUGAGAUUAGAAAGAAAUGAAAUUGAUAUUUGUGAAAAAAUUGCCACAAUAAGAGCUGUUAAUGAAGAAUUAAAUAAAAAAGAAGUAUGGUUUUUUAUCAAUUUUUUAUUUUGUUUGACCUAUUUAUAAAUAAAUAUUCCUAUCACUUAGGAAAUUAUGAGAGAAUUAAAAGUAGAUUUAAUAAGAACAAUGGACGAACGUGACAGAAGAAACAGUCUUAUUAUUAAACUUGAUAAGGAAGCAACAAACUUAAGAUCAUUGGCUGAAAUAUAUGAAAAUGACAUGAAAUUACUUCAUGAUAAAAUAGAACGUACUAUGUAUGUUUAAUUUUUGGUUUAUUUUAUAAUGUAUUUCAAUAUCUGUUUAUUUGUGGUGACAAUUAUACUAAAAUUAAUAGGUUUUGAUGUGAUUAAGUGCCUAGAAAAAUAUUAGUUUAUUGAAUAAUAUUUAAAUAAGAACUCAUCCUCCAUCUACUACUGUGAGUUAGAAUAACAUUUUCUAGUUUAGAAAAUAUAAGCUGUAUAAGUCAAACAGUUUUAGAUAAAAUAUUAAUAUAGAAAACAACCUUAAAAAAUACUUGUAAAUUUAGGUUUAGAUUAAUCUUACACCAGUAUAUGUUUACAUAAAAAAAUCAUUUAUCCUUUGUGUGUUUUAAAAUAGUUAAUCUAAAUUUAUUAUGAGGUCUAUCUUCUAGAAUUUAAAAAAAAAAAAAAAAAUUUUUAAAUGUUACCUACACUUGACUUAUAAAACAGUGCUCAUCAGUGCUUAUUUAUUUAAAUAGUUUUUUUUAUAAUGCAUUUAUAAGUAGACAAGUUUUUGUAAUGGUUUAUUUAAAUAUCAACUUGGUUCGUAUCUUGUCAAAAAAGUAUUGUUGAAAGGUACAUUUAGUUAUUUGACAACAUUGCCAAAACACUUAGUUCACUAAACUAAUAUCCAGGUUCUCAAAACUACAUUACCAAAACACCCUUAAUUUUAGUAAAAAUGAUUAUAUUAAGUAUUUUUAUUUAAAAUCUAGUGAUGUAGAAAAAACAAACGAAUCAGCACUUGAAAAAUUAAAAAACCGAGUAAUUGAGACAAAUGCAUCAUUUUCAAAUACAUUGUCAUUGUUUGAAAAUAAAUAUAAAGAAUAUUUAGAUUCACAAGAUAAAAUUAACGGUAAUUUAUUAUUUAGUUUGUAUUAUAUAAUUUAUUCAAAUGAACAUUUUUAUAAAUUGAUAUUUUAGGUCAUAUGCUUAACCAAAAUACUUCACUUGUAAAUGAUCUGAAAGUUGUUAUGAAAACUGUGAAUGAACACAAUAGUUCAACUGUUGAUGUUUUCUCAAUUAUGAAAGAACAAGUAAAUUUAAAAAAUUGAACUUAAUAACCUAACCUAACAUGGUCGGGGUAUAAUCUUAAAUUAAUAUUUGUAUUAUUAUUAUUAUUUUUUAGAUAGUUGGUAUAUUGAACGGAGGUGAAUCUGAAAAGAAUAAAUUAAAUGAAAUACUUGAUGACUUACUUAAAGAAAUAGAACUAGUAGAAUCUUUUAUUUUAAAAAAAUCAGAUACAAUAAGUAUUGUUACUGCAUCAGUAGAUUCGUAUCAUAAUGCAAUUUCAAAUCACAUUAAUGAGGUACUUGUUAUAUUGAUUAACAUAUUUUUAAUUCAUUGCCACUGAAGUAAAUUAAAAGUAGUAAUCAUUGUAUUUAAGGUAUACAUUACACAUAUUGAAUUAGGAAGAAUUAAACACAUUUUGCUAUUAUUUUUAGCUUGAUUUGUCUAAUUUUUUUGAUCAUAUUAGCAAUUACUAUACUUUUUAAUUUUAUUGGUUUUGUGACUCACUUACUGAAUACUUAAAAAUUUAUAAACCUUGUAUUUUUAGGUAAAAUCUUACAAUAACACAAUAAAUGGAGUGCUGUGUGAGGUAAAAUACCGUUUGGCUAAUCAAAGUGAGCAUUCUAAAUCCAUUGAAAACUUUUAUAUAAACCAGUUGAAAAAAUGUUAUGAACUAUUGGAAAGUGAAAAACAAGAAUCAUUGAAAGUAAAUUAUUUAAUAAUUUAAACAAAUACAAACUAUUUAAUACAUGUAUACAAUUUUUUAGAAAAUUCAAAAACUUAAGAAUGAUUUUGUCAACUAUAACUUACAAUGCCAACAAUUCAGUACAAAAUUCUUAGAUGAUAUUACAAAUGCAGAGGAUACAAAAUCCUUUGAUGAACUUAAUAACAAAUUUAAAACCCAAACUUUAGAAAUGUCUGAAAUGUUAACAAUUCAAGAUAAAGAAAUUAAAGACAUGGAACCAUGUUUAGUAUCGUUAGAAAGAAUACAUAAACAAAAUGCUGAAUUACUUGAACCAAUUGAACAUCUUACAGAUGAGGUACAUAUAUUAAUUAUUUUCGCGUAUAACAAAUUGCUAUUAUUUUUAUUAACAAUAAUUUCUUAAUAUUUUUCAAAUUUUGUUUCAAUGAUUAUUUACUUAUUUUUAUAAUAUUCUAUUGUUUUAGAAUCGUUCAAUUGUAAAUACUAUAGUUGAUGGAGCUAAACUAAAAGAACUAGCAGACAAAUGUGCCAAUAAUAAAAAAGUACUUUCAAAGUUUUCAGUUUCUAUGAAUGAAAACCUAAAUCAUAUGAAUCAAAAAAUAAAUAAACAAGUAGAUACUGUUGGUGACAGUAUUUUGGUAAAUUAUUUUAUUUAUAAGAUAAAUCAAAAAUUAAUUAAAUAUUAAUUGUGUUUAUUAUAUUUAUUAGAAAACUGCUAAAAAUGUAUCUGACACAGUUGUUGAAGCUCAUAAAUUACUAAAUGAUUUUGAAACCAUUUCAAAAGAAUUUAACAAAGAUUGUUGUGUUCUUAAAGAAAAACAGGAUGAUUGUGUGGGUACUGGUACUUUAUGUGUUAAAGAAGAAUUCUUUAGACAGGAAACAAAUAUAAACAUGUUCUUAAAUGAAUCCAAGCAAUGUAUCCCGAUAGGUAUGAUUAUGAAAUUUAAAAAAUACAACUCUAUAUGGUCUAAAACAUUUCGCCGUGAAGUAGUUUUUAAAUUCUAACUAGUUUACUGUUAUUACCGUUAAAAAUUAUCAUUAAAAUUUAACCAACCAGAAUUAAAUAAAUAAUAGUAAAAAUAAUUAUAAUUUUUUAAGUAUGUAUUUAUUUUAUUUGAGAAUAUUUUAUUAUAUUCACUGUCUUCAAGUUUAUGUUUUAUAUUAUGUCAAACACAAUAUAAUCACCUAAAUGUUUACUGAUAAAUUCUAUCUAACAUAAGAUUAAAUUAACCGAUUAGAUUAAUGAAAAUAAUAUUAUAUAAUACACACAGAAAAAAAAACAGAUAUCAGAUUGUGUUGUAAUUAAUAUUACAAUUUUCAAUAUAAUACCUAAAAUCUAAUACAAAUGUUAAACAUAUUCAAUUCAUCUUACUUAAAUUAUGGUCUAUUCUUCACAGAAAACUUAAAAAUUACAAUUGGCAGUUGACCAUCUAAUACUAUGAGCAUUUAUAACAUUUCAAGAGAAUACAAAGUGACAUCUUCUUACAUAAAUUAUAGAAAUAGGCAAAAGUUUGCCAUAAAAGAAAAAUAAAUAUAUAUCAACAUACAUAUUUUUAAAUUAAUCCGCGACUAUGAUAAUCAUAAUAUUAGGAGGUUUUUGAGAGGAACAUCUUUCAAUUUAUUUUAUUUUUUCUAUAUGUAUUAUAACAUUAUUUUAAUUUAUCUAAUCGGUUCAUUUAAUUGUAUGACGUUAGAAUUUAUCAGUAAGCAUUUAAGUCUGGCUUUAUAUGAACCGAAAUAAUGUAAACUAUAAACUUGAAGAUAGCAAAUAUAAUAAAAUAUUCUCAAAUAAAUAUUUAUACACUUUCAUAAUAUGACAAUCAUUUGUACUAUUUUUUGUUUGUUUACUAACUAGAUUAAAAUUUAAAAAUUAUUUUUUAUGUUGAAAUGAACUCUCACACCAAAAUUUCCAACAUUAAGUUUAUAUUUUUAAUUAAUUUAUAAUAGGAGAUACGCCAAAGCGUAAACAGUUUGAUUAUCCAGAUAAUGUUAAUACAACAUUGAGGCGAGAAAUAACUCAAAGCUAUUUAGUAGAUUAUAGUGAAUCAGUAAUAAGUUUGAUGUCGUCUUCAUCGGAGAAUUCUAGCCAAUCCUCUUUGAAUGGCUUAGAAUCCAAUUUACCAUCAAAGGAAAAUAGCCCUAAGGCAGUUGUUAAGGUGUCUAAGGUAACAUAAUAUAAAUAUUAAAUUGUUUAUAAUAUUCAAAUUACAACCAUUUUUUUUUUUUUUAGAAACAUGAAAACAAAAAGUUUAGGAAACCUAACAAAGUAUUAGGGGAAAGAAAUUAAAUUUUGACAAGUGUAAAUAAAUUAAAAAUAUCUUAUUGUUUAAUAAAACAUUAGCAAGUAAGGUAAUUAAAUUGUUAAUCAAAUUGAAUUGUAAUUUUUUUUUUUACUCCGAAUUAUUUUAAUUAGUUUUAUAUUUAGCUUGUAAAAGAAUUUGUGUCUUGUAAUUUUUAUAUUUCGUGUAAAACUUGAUUUGCUUUAAUCAAUCUUAAUUAAAAUGAAAACAAAACUUACAUUAUUAUGAUAUUUAUAGUUUACUUUUUUUAUGAUUCUCUGAUAUUCAUUGAAGUUCC